GACAGAGAGUUCGUCCAGGAAGACAAAAUCUGCUUGGGAUGAGAGUAGGCACGAGACCUAUGGUUUGGUUCAGCGGUGCGUGAUAAUUCAGCGGGAUGAGAAUGGCUUUGGGUUAACAGUUAGCGGAGAUAACCCUGUCUUUGUUCAGUCUGUUAAGGAAGAUGGCGCUGCCAUGCGAGCCGGAGUGCAGACAGGAGACCGUAUCAUCAAGGUUAAUGGGACACUGGUAACACAUUCUAACCACCUGGAAGUGGUAAAGCUCAUAAAAUCUGGCUCAUAUGUGGCCCUCACAGUUCAAGGUCGACCUCCUGGGUCUCCUCACAUUCCCCUCUCCGAGGGAGAUCCAUUCUCUCCAGCACCUUUACCUCCUUACUCGCAGAUCAGUCAUGGGCACCUUGAAAGAAUUACUAGCCCUAUACCCAUGGGGGAGGAAAACAAUAUUGUGCACAACCAGAAAUUAGAGAUACUAAAGAAAAUGUUACAACAAGAAAAAGAACAAUUACAGUCUUCCCAGGAGGAGUAUAACAACUCCCCAUCCCCACGGCUUUUAAAGGAUAUCCAAGACACCAAGAAACACAUACAGCAACUUCAGGAGCAGCUGGGUAAAACAAAGUCUCCAAUGCAGAUAAAUGAACUUGAUGCAUAUUCAUAUGACCAAGAACGUUCUGAUUAUAUAAUUGGAGAUGGAUCAUGUCCAAGUAGUAACGUUAUGGAUAGUCCAUGCAGCAGGCAGCGAGAAAAACAUUCCCUAGAAGAAAGCCCAGAGAAGAGUGAAUAUCAAGACACGGAUUCACAGUCCAGCGUGGGAAGUCCAUCAACCCGGAUUUCACAUGGCAUUAUUGGUGCAGAGGAUGAGGAAUUUGAUGCUGAACCAGAACAGCAGGUGAAUGAUCAGUGCAGCUGCUUCCAAAGUAUGGAUAUGUUGAAGUCUCAUCCUGCUCACCUUGCGGUCUUCUUGUUCCAUGUGGUCUCUCAGUUUGACCCGGGUCCAUUGCUCUGCUACUUGUAUGGUGACUUUUAUAAGCAAAUAAACCCAAAGGAGGCACGCAGAGUAUUCCUGGAAAUCUACCAGUUCUUCCUAGAGAGAACAGCGAAUCUUCGGGUUUCUGUCCCAGAAGACCUUGCACUGGAGUUGGAAAAAAGGCGACCAGAAUUUAUACCGGAAGAUUUGCUUCGACAGUAUGUCAACACUAUGCAGGAGAAGGUGUACCCAGAAGUACAGAAACUGUUAGAAGACUUUAGGCAGAAACGCAGCAUGGGUCUGACGUUAGCAGAGAGUGAACUGGCCAAACUGGAUGCCGAACGUGCCCGAGAACGACAGACGCUUGAAAAAGAAAGACUUUGUGCGGAAUCAAUCUUACAGAAAAUUGAUGACAUUUUAUUUACACCACAGCCAACCGAGGAAGAAAAAUGUGGUACCAUACAGUAUGUGAUCCUGAGCUACAUGAAACAUUUGGGAGUGAAAGUAAAGGAACCUAGAAUGCUUGAACGGCGGGGCCGUAUUGGGUUCUUACCAAAAAUUAAGCAGAGCAUGAAGAAAGAAAAAGAAGGAGAGGAGAAGUGGAAACGUAGAGGAUUUUCCAGCAUUUUGGGACCUCCAAGGAGACCCAGCCGGCAAGAUAGUAAUGCAAUCUCCAGGGCUAUGCAAAUGCAGAAACACCCCAAGCACUUAUCAACAUCCUCAUCCAGCAGUCCUGAGCCUGCAGAGGGCAGAUUGCGUACCAGUGGAGGCCCCAUGGAUACACCUGAUGGCUCUUUCAAUCUGUUUUCUCCACCACCUAGUACUGGUCCAGUUUACAACUCACCUGAUGGUAGCCGGGAACAGGAAGGAGUUCCAAAAUUUCCUACAGAAGGGGUUUUAUCUACGGAUUCUUGUGAUGGAAGUUCACGGACAUCGGGUUCUCUCUUUGACUUCCCUUCUUCCCCACUGGACCUGUUGCAGGAAGAGAAUAAAGACACAGAUCGGGUUAGUGAACUGGACACACCGAAAGCUUCUCGAAAGUUGGACAGUAUGGGUCUCGGUGAGACACAAAGUGAAGAUGAAUUGUAUGAUCUAGACCAGGAAAUGGAUCCCCCCAACUGGCAGCAGCUUGUAAGCAGAGACAUUCUACAAGGUCUGAAACCGCAUGAGAUUAAACAGCAAGAAGUCAUAAACGAACUGUUCUGUACGGAGACAGCACAUGUGCGGACUCUAUACGUCCUUAACAAGGUCUUCCACCAGCGACUAAAACGUGAAAACGUAUUAACACCCACUGAAACUAAAAGUGUGUUUUCCAAUCUAGAGGAGAUCCUACAACUUCAUGUGGGGCUGAAAGAGAAGAUGAAAGCCGUCGGAAAGCGUUACGGAACCUCUGUCAUUGAACAGAUUGGAGAUGAUGUUCUAAGCUGGUUCUCCGGACCAGAGGAAGAGAGGCUAAAGCAGGCAGUCGCCACCUUUUGUAGUAAUCAGCCCUUUGCCUUGGAGAUGAUAAAGUCCCUGCAGAAGAAAGAUCCAAAAUUUUUAAAGAUUGUUCAGGAUGCCGAAAGUAAUCCUCUGUGCCGGCGUUUGCAGCUAAAGGACAUUAUCCCUACUGAGAUGCAAAGGCUCACUAAAUAUCCCUUACUUCUGGAUAAUAUUGCCAAGUAUUCCGACCAACCAGGAGAAAAGAAAAAAGUAGAAAAGGCUGCAGAACAAUGUCGGGGGAUUCUGAAUCAUGUCAAUCAAGCUGUACGAGAAGCUGAGAACAAGCAGAGGUUAGAAGAUUACCAACGAAGACUUGACUUGUCCUACCUGAAGCCUGGAGAGUAUCCUAUGAUUGAUGAACUGAGAAAUCUAGAUUUGACAAAAAGGAAGAUGGUCCACGAGGGGCCUUUGGCUUGGAAAGUGAAUCGAGACAAGAUCGUUGAUCUGUACACACUUUUGUUGGAGGAUAUUCUGGUUUUGCUUCAGAAACAGGACGACAAAUUGAUCCUUAGAUGUUACACUAAGUUUGUGACAACAACCUCAGACACCAAACAGAUUUUCAGUCCCAUCAUCAAACUGAACACCGCGCUAGUACGACCAGUGGCAACAGAUAACAAGGGCCUCUUCGUAAUUUCAAUGUCUGAAAAUGGGGCACAGAUUUACGAGCUCAUCGCCAACGCAAUCUCUGAGAAAAACGUUUGGCAAGACCUUAUAACCAAGAUGGCAGCUGCAUGUAAAGGGCAGGAUCACAGGCCUGCAAUUCCUCUAGAUCCACCAGGAAUUACAAAUGAAGAGGAACACGAAAAUGGAGACAAAACGAAAGGGCAGCAUGAACAGCAAGGACAAGACGUGCCUAGUUCAAGUGAGUUUAACAAGAACCCAGAAACUGACUGCACAGCUUUGCCCAUGUCCGUUCCCCAUGCCGGUGGUGAUUGCAUCCUGCAGCCUCAUCAAGGGAAUAUUCACCAUUCAGGUUCCACAUCAACUUCCAUUCACACCUCCGAUAAACCAACUCAGGAGGAAACUUGGGCCCGUGAUGCUCUCAGAAACUUGGAAUUACUUAAGCAGUUAUUAUUGCAACAUGUUAAGCUCCUUCAGAAAGAAGAGUCUGAAAACUUCCAGCGUUUCUGCAGUCGGAGUUCCCAGGAGCACACUGCAAACAGUGCCCAUCAACCGAGGCCUGUGGGUCUUAACCACCAGCGGAAGAAAAGCAGAGAGAGCUGCACUAAUAGACAAUCCUCGUUAAAACAGAAAUCUGAAGAAUGCUCUGAUCAUGGUAGGCUAGACUCGGAGAUGACUUAUGAAUCUGUGGAAGAGAGUAUAGACCAGUACUUUGAUGCUCAGGAGCUUCACAGCGAAGAGCACUCUAAGGAAUGCAGUAAAGAGAAAGGCUUGGACGAGGGGCAAUAUCGGAUAUCAGGGAGGUACUUGUUCCUUGAUGGUUACGAGAACAUACAGGAAAGUUCCACGGAUGAAGAUUACAUCUGUCCUGAGUCUUCAACCCAGUGCACAUUUUCUGACCAGCAAGCAAAGAGCAGCUCGUCCUCUGCAGCAGAGAGGCUAAGUGCACCUAUCACUGAGCUUGUUGAUCCUAAACCACCUUCUGAGGCGUUCGAUCAGAUGUUACAUUAUAUUUUUAAGAUUGAGAAUGGCUUACAUCAGCUCAAGGGACUUGAAAAUUAUUAUUAUGCACUCCGAAAUAAACUGUCUGCAUCAGGCCUCUUGGAGGAAGAUCCAGAUAUCGCAAUGCUCCCUACAGACAAGGGUUGAACCUGAAGCCACCUGAGCUCUGGUCCAUGAGAUUCCAGCUGAAUGGAGGGAUCUGCCUGCAGCCCACUAACCAUCUCACAAAUACUUAUAUACCUUGGGCACACCCUGCAGAUAAAGACAGCCAAGCCUCCCCUAUCUCAUGAUCAUCACACAUACUAAACAUACACAUGUAGGUACACAGGGUACACAUUAUUUGGCUUAUAAAACACAGCAGGAAAAAAAGAAUAUGUGACAUAUUAAUGUAAAGCAAAUUUGGAUUACUUGCUGAUAGUGUUAUUUAGCUGCAAAGACAGAGGUGAGAUUAAAGCAUCCUGUUCUCGAGCUAUUUCUGCCAAAUUUGUACAUAGGAUGUGAAGAAUAAAUAUUGCUGAUCUUUUAUGAACCUGACAAAUGGCCAACAUCAUGCUGAUAAUGGUCUUGUGCAUGUUUCCUCAUCUACAUGAGGAAAUA